AUGUGGGAAGCAGAAAUCAUCAAAAAUGGAAAUUUCAAUGUUGUUUACUUUGACGCUUUCCAAAAUGAUUUCCAAUCAGAUCCAUUCAUAGCUAUCGCAUCGCAUAUAUAUAGUAAAAUCGACGACAAUGAAUUAAAGGACAAAUAUCUAUCAGCCACUAAAAAAGUGGCAUCUGUAUUAUUAAAAACAUCGCUUAAAAUAGGUAUCAGCACGCUAACACUAGGAGCAGUGAAAGGUUCCGAAUUAGAAAGUUUCGGUGAUGAUAUUAGUUCUGCAAUCAAUGAUCCUUUAGAAAAAUACAUCGAAGAAAAAAUAACUCAACUUGACAAAGAGAACAACACACUUGAGCACUUCCGCAGCACACUUUCAGAUAUAGCUACUGAAAAGAAACUAAUAUUUAUUAUAGAUGAACUUGACCGUGCAAGGCCUAAUUACUCCCUUGAAUUACUUGAAAGGGUAAAACAUGUGUUUAAUACAAAAAACAUUUAUUUCAUUCUCUCUACGGACAAAGAUCAGUUUAUCAAAAUAAUACAAAAAACAUAUGGUCCGAUAGAUGCAAGCAUUUUGCGAGAUGCCGAGAGAUGCUAUAGCCUUUUACUUCUUUGCAAUACAAACUUUGAUAAUGGAUUAAGAUGGGAAUAUCAAAUUGGAGUAGCUAUUGCUGUAUUCCUAAAACUUAAAGAUGAAAGCCUGCUUAUAAAAAUCAAAGAGAGAACAAUCACAAAGAAUCACGUCAUGGAGGAACUGGGAGUUUCUGCUUUACCGGAAGAUGACAACUAUCAUAUAUUGUUGGCACUUAACACUGAGUAUCUGACACAUGAAGGCUACGCAAAAGCGAUAAGUGAAAAUGAUCAAAUGGUAUUUCGUGACAGUUUUGGGCGACAGCCAUUAACUAUAUCACAUGCAAUAGAUCUCAUUUAUAACAUUAAAUAA